CGAGGAUAAGUCCUCAAUCCAAUCUGACGAUUCCGAUGAAAUAAUACAAGACAUACAAGUGCUAGUGACGGAGGCAGUAGUCACCGAAUUCCAAAUGACACGGCGCGUUUGCACGGGCCGAUUCCUAACGAUGCACAAGCGGCGGAAAAAGCGCCUCCUCACCAGGUCCCUCUGCCAAGAGGCGGCCCUGCUGGACGACCUGCAUCUUGGACAAGUGCAGUGCAUCCUGAAACAGUCGGUCAUGUGGAAGUUCAAUGCUUUCACAUUAGAAAACGUCUCUGGAGGCCGGUGCUUGCCAGUGCUGUGCGUGCACCUAUUCCACAUCUACGGCCUGAUCUCGUACUUCAAGCUGGACGUGGUGAAAGCAUGGAAGCUGUUCAGCCUUAUCGAGGAGGGCUACCACAGCACCAACCCGUACCACAACUCGAUCCAUGCAGCCGAUGUUACGCAGGCUAUGCAUUGCUUCUUACAGCAAAAAAAGAUCCUAAACUUCAUGGAGCCGUUGGAAAUUAUGGCAUCGCUACUUGCGGCCAUCGCACAUGACAUGGACCAUCCCGGUGUCAACCAGCCCUUCCUCAUCGCGACCUCCAAUCAUCUGGCUGCGUUGUACCAAAACACAUCGGUUUUGGAGAACCAUCACUGGCGCUCGGCCAUCAGUUGCAUCAUUGAGAGUGGCCUGGUGGAUACGCAAGAAAUUCGCGCGGAGCUCGAACGCCAGAUCAGCUCUCUCAUCCUGGCUACCGACAUUACCAGGCAGCAGGAGUUCUUGAGUCAGUUCAAGACAUACUUGGAUACAAAUACGCUCGACCUGAGGAAAAGCGACCACCGGCAUCUGGUGCUGCAGAUCGCUCUCAAGUGCGCAGACAUCUCCAACCCGUGCAGACCCUGGGAGAUCAGCAGGAAGUGGAGCCUCAAAGUGUGCGAGGAGUUCUUCCGCCAAGGGGACUACGAGCGGAAACUGAACUUGCCCGUCACAGCGCUCUGCGAUCGUCAUACCACCUCCAUACCAAAGAUCCAGACAGGGUUCUUGAAAUUCGUUGUGACUCCACUCAUCACUGAAUGGCACCGUUUCCUUCAAAACGAUCUUUCCGCGCAAAUGCUGGAGAACCUGUUGUACAAUCAAAAUAAAUGGGAAACGUUGGUUGCUCAAGAGUUAGCUGAGGAGACUCGGACAGAGAUAUCCGACGCGGACCUGGUCGACGACGAUCUGGAGUCAGGCACGAACAUAUCGGACAGCUCAGAAUUACUGCUGCCGCUUCGGAGAGGUUCACUGAAUCCGACUAGGCCCAACGGUCUAAAGGAACAGUUGCGUCGCUUUUCUGUUCCGCUCAAUGUAUUUCAAGAUUCUCGAUUUAAAGUCAAAAAUAGAAGUCGAGACUCCUUGGCGUCCUCGCUACACAGGGAAAUCCUUACCCCGAUGGGCAGCGAACUUUCCAUUCAUUCCCAACUCAGGGUACGAGGUCACUGCAAACUCGACGAAGCGGCAGAGAAGCUUCUCAGCACGGAGAAAUUGCUACCGGAUUCUUCCAUAGCGUCCAUCACGACUCCGGUGCAAGCCACACGUCUCAGCACCGUACUCAAGCAGGGCGGAUCGUGGAAACUGGUUCGCCAGCAGACGUUCCCGCCGCUCGAAACGGCCGCGCGAAGCCAAUCGCUCACCUGCCGACCACUCUACAUGAGCAACGAGGACGCCAUCUACCCGUCCCGCUGCAGAACUGACUUUGCUAUGACCUUGGGAACCGAGAGGAUGGAACGCAAGAUUAGCGAUUCGUUCUGGAAGAUUGAAACCGAUAAGACUGAAAAUGAUGACGCUUCUGAAAAUAAUGUAGAUGUAGCUCCUGAUACUUGUGCCGCACACAAGGAGAAUCUGAAUCUCCCUACGGGGAGGCCCGCGCGAGGCAUGCGGCGAGAAUCCUUGCCGGUCGGCACCCAACUCCGGGACAACUUGUCUACCGUGCAGCUCAAUACCUCCGACCAACUGCUUCGUCGUAGGAAAUCUAUGCCGACUGACGCUGCCAUUUAUACGCCAAAAGAGAAAAAGAUGCGUGAAGUGGGCACAGCAUUGCCACAACUGUUACGCCGCACGCUGUCCGGGAAGGACAGCUGGUCGCGCCGCCGCGGCUCCGCGCCCGCGCCCGUGGCAGCCUCCGAGCUGAGAGGCCUCGCCUCGCUCGGGGCUCUGCGCCACAGCGUGAACGGGGGCCGCAGGAAGCAGAGCCCGAUGAUCACCUGCCAACAGUGGCUGGCCAAGACGACGUACAACGUGCACGAGCGCACGUUCCAGCACUUCCCGCGCCGCAGCUCUCUGCCCGUUGAGGUGAUUACAGGUAUAUCGUCCCACUGAGUCGAAGAAACCAAGUGAACAGUAAGCGCGCAAUGCUACUUUUGCACAAGAAUUACGCUUUUGGCAUAAGUUUUUUUUUUUAUACUUUUACGCAACGUCUGCCAUUCGUCAAAAUUUUACUAUAUUACAUGAAUUUUAAACUUGACUGUACAAUUGUACAUAGAGGCACAGACUUAAGACAGACGGAAUCCUGGAGCCAUACUACAUACGUAUAUGUAAGAGUUUAGUCAGUUUUGUUUGAGUCAACCUUUUUGCCAUUCUAUUAUUAUUGAAAAUGGCAAAUUCAACAAUUGACAAUCCAAAGUGUACAAUAGUACCUAUUUUGAAUUAAUUGUUUUGACUUUGAAAUGGCUUCUCGAGAUUGCUUCAUUUAUAUCGUCCUGGCAUCCGUCUAUCUUUUUCGUUUAAUUUGUAAAGAGGUCCUAGUGAUGCUUUUCAUGUAAGCUUAAAGAUUUGCCUCAUAUGUAAACGGGUCACUUAGCUUUGGAACCCCAGGUUUUUUUUGCUGAAUAAAUCUUGCCGAAUACGUAGUAGCACUUACACUGAAUAUGAUAUUCCCGUUCACACUGUUAAACUGUUUGUUUUUUACAGUAGUCUAUACUCAUCUAUGCGGCACAACGUAUUCGGUAAUUUGUAUCGUGCAAAAAAUGUGCGGUGCUUACGUUGGCCAUACGCGAUCAAGUUUAACGUCAACUUUGUAGCGGACUUGAAGCGGC